AGGGAGAGCGUGAGUGAGAAAGAAGAGAGAGAGAGAUCGCUGCGAGCCGUUUCUGGUCAUCACUCACACCAGCAGCAGCACCAGCUCGGACCUUAUAAACUCUCCAUCCCAAAUCCUGGAAUAUCAAACCGAGAAUCAUGAAGUCGGACAUAAUGCGGAUUUAUCAAGUUCUUCUGUGCGUCUUACUGUCUGUGGAUGUGGAGUGCAGGAAACAGACAUUGCAAAGGUAUCAGAAAAGUGAAAACAGCCGGCUGCUUUGUACAGACUGUCCGGAAUCUCCUCGAAUUAGGAAUCUCUCGCUGGAUGACUGCGCACACAAAUGCAACAAGAGCAAGAAGUCCUGCAGGGCAUUCUACUUUGACCACAUAAACAGGAAAUGUCACUUACUUCCCUUUGACCGUUUCUCUGAAGGCGCAAAAAGAGAGCGAAAACCCAAUUACGACCUUUAUGAGAAGAAAGACUAUGUGAAAGAGUGCAUCAUUGGGUCAGGUGUCAACUACAAGGGGAGAAGAUCAUUCACAAAGGCUGGAAUUACGUGUCAAGCCUGGAAUAUGUCCAUCCCACAUGAACACAAUUUCAAGCCUGCCAGACACAAAAAGUUUGACCUGCGUCAGAACUUUUGCCGAAACCCGGACAAUGAUCCAAGUGGACCCUGGUGCUUCACUGAACUCACUGAGACUCGGCACCAGGAAUGUGGACUGCCCCAGUGUUCAGAAGUGGAGUGUAUGAAGUGUAAUGGGGAAACAUACAGAGGGCCCAUGGAUCACACAGAGAGUGGGAAAGAGUGCCAGAGAUGGGACUCACAGAAACCUCAUAAACACACCUACCAGCCUCACAGGCAUGUAGGUAAAGGCCUGGAUGACAACUACUGCCGCAAUCCCAAUAAUGAUGUGCGUCCGUGGUGUUACACAAUGGACAAAAACACACCAUGGGAGUACUGUAACAUAAGUGUGUGUGACUCAGAUAAUGAUGUGAAAGUGGAGGUGACCACCUCUUGUUUUCUGGGUCAGGGAGAGGGUUACAGGGGUACAGUCAAUGUGACCCCUGCAGGUGUGACCUGUCAACGCUGGGACGCCCUUUUUCCUCACAACCAUUCAUACACACCUCACAACUAUAAAUGCAAGGAUCUCAGGGAGAACUUUUGCAGGAACCCCGAUGGCUCUGAAAUUCCCUGGUGUUUCACCACAGACCCAAAAGUACGCAAAGCUUUCUGUACCAACAUCCCCAGAUGUGAUUCAGAGAGCUCUGACAGCACAGAAUGUUAUGAAGACAACGGCGAGAGUUACCGUGGUAAUUUGUCGAAAACAAGAUCUGGUAUUCCUUGUGGGCUGUGGUCCGACCACACAUUCAGGAGAGAUUUGCAGUCAGCGAAGGCCAGCGCGGGCUUAGAGUUGAACUUGUGCAGGAAUCCAGACCGAGAUAAGCAUGGGCCAUGGUGUUACACGUCCAACUCCUCCAUUCCUUGGGACUACUGCGGACUAGAGCGAUGUAAAUCAUUGUUAUUGGAUGACCAUCAAAAGACAGGUGGAGGACCAAAACCAUCUUGUUUUAUACACAAAACCACACGGAUUGUUGGGGGGAUGCAGGUGCAGCGGGCAGAGGAUGGAAGCUGGGUGGUCAGCAUUCAGAAAGGGAACAAACAUUGGUGCGGUGGCUCUCUCAUCAGAGAGGAAUGGGUUCUGACUGAUCAACAGUGCUUCUCUACCUGCGUUCCUGACCUCUCGGAGUACAACGUGCAGGUGGGGCUUCUUCAUCUCAACGCGUCCACCAGCACACAGGGUCUCCGGAUCGCACAUGUGGUCUGCGGGCCCGAGGGAUCCAACUUGGCCUUGCUCAAACUCACAACGCCUGCCCCUCUCUCUGAGCAUGUGCGAACUGUGCUGCUUCCUGUCGCAGGAUGUGCUGUCGCAGAAGGCAUCUACUGCCUCAUGUACGGCUGGGGAGACACUAAAGGCACAGGUCAUGAGGGCAGUCUGAAGAUGGUGGGACUUCCAAUUGUCAGCAACAAGAGGUGUUCCCAAAGCCACAAGGGUAUUCUGCCCAUCACAGAGACCAAAAUCUGCGCUGGAGGCAAGAGAGACCAAGGCGUUUGUGAGAAAGACUACGGUGGCCCAUUGGUGUGCCAGGAAGGAGAGAGCAAGGUCAUAGUGGGUGUGAGCAUCAACGGCCGCGGAUGUGCCGUCGCUAGGCGUCCUGCCGUCUUCGUCAACGUGGCCUUCUACUCUGAAUGGAUCCGCAAAGUCUUCAAAUACUAUUCAGACUUGGAAAUAAGUUACUAGAUUAUUAUAUUUUCCACAGAUUUGGUGAAUAGAACUAAUGGUGCAUUGCGUUUUUUAGCAUCUACAACAUGAAGACCAUGGUUGCUGUAUGAUUUGUAUACAAACAACUUGGAGGCCAGAGUUUAGCUUAAAUUAAAACCACUGGAAUGGAAAGGUUGCAAGACAAGAAUAUCUGAUGUUUUCGCAAACAAACUGUGAAAAUCAGACAUCAGACAUUAUUUUUAAACCAACAAAUGGAGGAAAUGACAACUUCUGAACUCUCUAGAAGUUUGUUGUGGCUGGUGAUUUAGCCCUUAUAAAUUAAGGACAGAUGUAUAAAUGACGAAAGAAAAGCAAUUAGAAGAAACUGUGGUGUCAAUCCAUAUAAACAUAUUUGUCUCAGACCAGAGCAGAUGUUCUAAAUGUCAUUCCCUGGAGAUACUUGAAGAUGGCAAUAACCCAACGUUUCCAGACAGGACGGAGCUUUUGUUUUCACUGGGGUGCAUUUUUCAGACAUUAUCACUUGUUCACAGAUGAAUUUUCUUCAUUGUAUAUCAUUUUGAAGGCAUUUUAGGUGCAACUUAUGUUCUAAACCACUGUUUCCAAAACACCAUUUUCAACAUCAACCACUUCACAAAUCGGCAGUCUGUAUUCAUGCCUCAAUGGGAUGUUAUCACACACUUCCAGAGGGGUUUAGUGACAUUCUAAUGUUUCGCACCUUGCCUUACUCCAGUUUGGAGCGUUCUGUGGCUCCUUUGGGGCUGUUUCGUGUACUGCACUCCAAAGAGUGUGCUAAUGUCACAUCCGUAGGUCUUAUAGAUCUGAAAUUACAAACAUCUGAAGUUCUUUCCUUUCACAUGGUGUAAUAUAUCUGUCGAAAUUUUAUACGCAGUUUGCAAAGUAUUUAUUUAUAUCUUUUAUAGAUCGACUGAAGUCAUGGCAUUUCAUCCUCCAGAAGUGUUUAUUGUGUUUAAUCUGGCGUGUGGAUUUGAAACAUAACAUUUGUAAACAAAACAAACGGACGAUAUGUCUUUAAAGCAAAAUAUUGGGUCAUAACAGUGUUUCGACUCAAAGACUGCUCCCCGAAGGUUUAUAAGCCGCACAUGUGUGUGUCGCCCAUGUGGAGGGUCUUUUAAUUCCAACGUUUAGCCAAGAGUGCAAAGAUACUUCAACAAACUGCAGUACUAAAUAGAGUAAUGCAGUCGACAACAGGCAGGGUAACUGUUUUAACUGUUUAUUGCGUUUUUAAUACGAAAAUUUAUUUUAUUGUAAAUAUUAUGUUCGCUGUGUAUAUAAGGUGCCUGUUUUUUGACAUUUUAUCACUUUUCACACUUGUUUUGUAUUGUUAACACCGGUUUUGUGAUUUUGUGCGCUGCUGCCAUCAAUGGUCUUAAUAUUGAAUAUCUAGGCUGCUGUUAUUUUGAACACUAUUUUUAUAGACCGUUUUGUAUUUUCAACUUUUAAAAUGUAAGUAAAUUUACC